AUGAAGAAAUAUGGAUCGAGCCAAAAUUUGAACAUCACUAUGGUUGGAGGAUCAAACAAUAACGGAACAGCCGCUAGCUAUAAUAUUCCUACGGUGAAUAUUCCUACACUUCUUGCAUCUUUGGGAGAAAUGGGAGUUCCAUCAUUGAGUACUGAGGAUUUGAAUAAUCCUUCUCCGGAUGUGGUUUGUAAAAUACUCGGAAGCUGUAUGGAAAAGCUAUUGGACACUUCCAUGAAUGAUAUAAAAACACGAAACAAGGAAUAUUUGAAUAGCACUGAUGCACCUGUACAGAUCCGAGAAAAUCCUGAGGCAUAUUCUCAUGCCGUUGAAUUCAUCGAAUUAUUCAAGAAAAUACAAAAAGUAUUGAUUACAGCAAGACUUCAUGAUUUCUCAAUCACAGAUAUUGUCAAACCAAACUCUAAGAGGUUUAGGUUGGCAUUAUUUGCAUUCCUCAAUUUAGCAAAGUUCAGAGAAGAAAUCAUCGACUCGUACAAUGAAAUUAUUACGGAAUAUGACACACUCGAGACAGAAAAAGAAGAACUUCGAUUGAACGUUGAAAAAGACAACAUUGCACUUCAAUCCUAUCUUGAAGAGGAACGAUCUAAUGAAUCUAAGUUAAAGAUAUUAGCAGAGAAAGUCAGAGCUAUGACACAAGCUAUUCAAGAAAUAAGUGUCAAGGAUAUUGAGAUACAGAACAAUAUAAAUAUUGUACAAACAGAGAAUGAGAAUUUGUCCAAACAAUUGGAAGGAGCAGAACAACAUUUAGAAGCUCUGACAAAAGAAAACAAAACUCUAAAGUCACAAAUCGUCUCAAACCCUGAAGAGCUCAAAAAGAAAAUAUUGGUCUUACGGAGAUGUAUUCAAACAACAACCGACGAGUUACGAGAAUUAGAGGAACAACUUCAAACUCUCACGGUCGAUCAUAUUAAGAAUGCCGAAGAACUCAUUAAGAUACUCUCUAAAUCUAUCGUACUUGGCGAGCAAGUCGAAGAACUCAAGAACAAAAAGAAGGAUAUAGGAAAGCUCAUAAAGGGCAAACAAGAAACAAUUGAAAAUAUGGAAACAGAAAUUGCUGAAAUGGAAAAUAUGAAGAAGCAGAAGGAGAAACAAAUCACAAAUAUCUCAGAAAGAAUUGAUAAGAUGCAACAACAACAUCUAGAAAAGAUUGCUCGAGCUGAAGCUAUGAUCACUGAUGCUCAAAAAGAGAAGGAAGCAAUGGAGCUGUUGUGUAGAGAAUAUAAAGAUAAGGCCGAGAGCAACAAAAAGCGACUGGAGGAGUUACGAAGAAUUCAAGCUCAAAGACGACAAAGUCAUCAGCAACAAAUCCUUCAACUCAACUCACAUCUCUGCAAUGAUAUUAUUAAUGGAAUUGAUUCUUAUCACAUGAAGGCUGUGGCGUCAUUAAAACAAUAA